GCGUGAGCAGUGCUGCCCCGCCCCUUGGUUCGUCCCAUCUCCUCGCGGCGCUGGAAAGAUGGCGGAGCUGGACAUCGGGCAGCACUGCCAGGUGGAGCACUGCAGGCAGCGAGAUUUUCUUCCAUUUGUAUGUGAUGGUUGUUCAGGAAUAUUUUGCCUUGAACACAGAAGCAGGGAAUCUCAUGGUUGUCCUGAGGUGACUGUAAUCAGUGAGAAACCAAAGAUAGAUACACAUGAAUCUUACCCAUGCUCAUUCAAGGACUGUGCUGCAAGAGAGCUUGUGGCAGUUAUAUGCCCAUAUUGUGAGAAGAAUUUUUGCCUAAGACACCGUCAUCAACCAGAUCAUGAGUGUGAAAAACUAGAGACCCCAAAGCCUCGAAUGACUGCCACUCAAACACUUGUUAAAAACAUUAUUGAUUCCAAGACAGAAGAAACAAAAAAUAAACGACGGAAAGGCGCAAAAAAUAGUGAAACAGCUGCAAAGGUUGCACUGAUGAAAUUAAAGAUGCAUGCUGAUGGGGAUAAGUCAUUGCCACAGGCAGAAAGAAUUUACUUUCAAGUUUUCUUACCUAAGGGGAGCAAAGACAAGAGCAAACCUAUGUUCUUUUGCCACCGAUGGAGCAUUGGGAAGGUGAUAGACUUUGCAGCUUCACUUGCCAGUCUUAAAAACGACAAUAACAAAUUAGCAGCUAAGAAGUUAAGAUUGUGUCAUAUUUCUUCAGGAGAAGCUUUACCCUUGGAUCAUAGUUUGGAAACCUGGCUUGCUAAGGAAGAUUGUCCUUUAUAUAAUGGUGGAAAUAUUAUUUUGGAAUAUCUUAAUGAUGAUGAACAGUAUUUAAAAAAUAUUGAUUCUUACUUAUAGUAGUCAAAGGUUAAGCCAGAAAUCACAAGGAAAAUAUUAUGUACCUGUUUAGUCAGUGUCUUUUUUUUUUUUUUUUUUGUAUUUUUCUUUUUUAUCGGUACCGGGGAUCGAACUCACGACUGUCUGCUUGCAAGGCAGGCCCUUUUGCCGCUGAGCUAAAUCCCCAGCCCCUAGUCAGUGUCUUUUACCAGAGAUAUUAUUCACUUUUUUCAAAGUUGCUUUUUAAUUUAUUUCCAUUAUGUUAUAGUUUACAUUAUCAGUUUUCCGUUAAUUUUGAGUUUUUGUGUUUUAAAGUUUAUACUAAUAAUUGGUAGCAAAUUCUUGGAUUUGAUUAGCUUUUUUAUUAAGUUAUACUUUAGAAAUAUCAGUAUGAGUAUACUGAGAUAUUUGGUUAAUGUCAGGUAUUGCUUGGCUAUGGCUGUGCUCCAUGUCAUCUUCCUCUCAGGAUCUAAGCUGUAAAACAACCCCUUUUGGGGACUUUCCCAUUCUUUCAGCAGAGGGAGGAGAUAGCAGAUGUUUCCACUAAAUCUCAAAGAGAGUCACAAGAUCAAGCCUAGCAUUAUAAGGCCUAAAGUAUAACCUUUACUGUCUGCCUACACCAUGAGGUGUAAAUCAGUGUUUAAAUGAAUUAUUGAAACUAAGAGAUCAUAUCAUUCAAUUUUCUAAAUUUUUGAGUGAGGACUAUUAGGCCUGGAUUGGGAAAAUUAUUUUCUUGGUAUCACCUAACAGCAUUGGGGCAAAUUUCUAAUAAAGAACCUCCUCAAGUUGGAGUCAUCUUUUAUGUCUGUAUGACUGUAUUACAAAUGAAACAUGGGAUAGUUCACCUUCAUUACAAUCUGUAUAUAUCAAAGCAAAGCAUAUGUCGAAAGCAACAUUUUACCAAUAAAGUGGAAUAAAUGCA